AACCCACCAGUGAGCUGACAAAUCACAUCCAGAGACUGCUGCUCACGCUGAUGGCCAUCCAGAGACUCACAGGCAGACGCACUCAAAGGCGGGUACAGGGCAGUCAGGCUCACCUGGCCCUGGCUCAUUCACCUGGAAGCAUCCGCCUGCACACGCCCUAGAGACAUCUCUGCCCACCGUUUCAGAUGCCCAUGGCGUCCCCCCAAACCCUGCUCUUCUGCCUGCUGUUCCUGGUGACCACUGAAGGCUGGGGUCAGCAGGCGGCCAUCCCGGGCUGCCACCUGCACCCCUUCACCGUGACUGUGCGCAGUGACCGCCAAGGCACCUGCCAGGGCUCCCACGUGGCCCAGGCUUGUGUGGGCCACUGCGAAUCCAGUGCCUUCCCUUCGCGGUACUCAGUGCUGGCGGCCAGUGGCUAUCGCCACAACGUCACCUCCAUCUCUCAAUGCUGCACCAUCACCGGCCUGAGGAAGGUGAAGGUGCAGCUGCAGUGUGGGGGGGGCCGGAGGGAGGAGCUGGACAUCUUCACGGCCAGAGCCUGCCAGUGUGACAUGUGUCGCCUCUCACGCUACUAGCCCACCCUGUCCCCACCUCCCGCCGCUUGGUCAGUCCCUCUGUGUAUCCUGAGCAUCACUGCGGACGGCAGCUUCACCCCCCGAAACGGGGAGGCUGCCUGCUCCUGCCACCUCCUCACAGUCUCACCAUUGCACUUCCCUCUCUGCCAUCUCCCUUAAUAAAGC